CUCGGUUGUUGUUCAUCAACAACCACCCUCCACACUUAGUCUCUUCACAAGCAAGCUCUCUACCCCCCCCUCUCUCUUUGCUUGCACAAAGUGCAGCUUAGCAGCAGCAUCAGCACCAGCAGCAGUGCUGAGAACCUCCGCGAAGAUGGCCCCCACCGCCAUAACCCUCUAUUCCACCCUCGCCCUCCUCUGCACCACUUUUCUGAAUGUCGGCAGCGCCUCACCGGUCUUCGACCCUGUGUCCUCGACGCAACACCUCCUCCAGUCCGAGCUUGAGCCUGAGCAUCAAGACCCCGCGCCCUACCACAUCUACCCAUCGCCCACCCCGGACUCCCCCUUCCUCUCCCACCCCGACUCCGAUGAGGAAGAAAUCUCCAAAGCCCCCAGCUGGUUCGAAUCCACCCUCCUCGCGCGCCGGCUCCUCGCCCUCUCCCCCACCGGCACCGCCUCAACCAUCUUCCCGUCCCCGCUCCCCAAACACACACGCGCCUACGCCCACAUCCCCGACAAUGUGGCCGGCCACUCCAUCAGCCUGAUCGAGUACCUGUCGGACUGCGAGCAUGCCCUGUCCCCCACCGCAUCCUCACCCCAGGACGAAGGAAAGGGCGGGCACGGCAACCCGAUCUUCCUGGCCCUCAACAUCGCCACGACCUUCCGCAACACCGCGCACGGCUCGAAUCUCUCGCUGUCCCUGUCGUGGUGGGACCACGUCAACCGCACCGAGCCCGUCUUCCCUGGCUUCCCGUUGAGUCCGGCGGGCUUGCCCCGCGUGACGCUUUUGGGGUAUGUGGAGGGGAUCGAUUUCUCGGAUUAUACUACUUCCGGCAAGGGUGAGGGGGAGGAGGCGGAGAAGGAGGCGGAGGAGGUGGAGGCGCGACUGACGGAGUGCUAUCUGCGGGCGCAUCCGGAUGCGAAGGCGUGGUUGCCGCAUCGGAAGGGGGCGCCGCAUGAGAGCUUUUGGGCCCGGUUGGUGGUCGAGCAGGUGUAUUGGGUGGGCGGGUUUGGCGGGUUGCAGCAGAUUGGGUGGGCAAAUUUGUCGGAGUGGCGGGGCGUUGGGCGGUGGGGGUCGGCGGGGGAUUUGGGAGAUGGAAGUGGCAGGGGGUGGGAGGGGGUGAGGUUGCCUGGGGAGGAUGAGUAG